AUGGAACAAAGGAACAACGUGACUGAGUUUAUUCUAUUAGGACUCACUCAGAGCCUCCAGAGCCAGAAAAUAUUAUUUGUUGUGUUCCUGCUGAUCUACGUGGUGACCAUGGCAGGAAACCUACUCAUCGUUGUCACCGUGGUGCUCAGCCCAGCCUUGGAUGCCCCGAUGUUCUUCUUCCUUGGCAACUUAUCAUUUAUGGAUCUUGCUUAUACCAACACAGCUACGCCAACUUUGCUGAUAGACUUGCUCUUCGUGAAGAAAACCAUUACCUUCCAAGCUUGCAUGGCUCAACUUUUUCUACAACAUUUUUUUGGUGGCGCUGAAAUAACACUCUUGGUAGUCAUGGCUUAUGACCGUUACGUAGCCAUCUGCAAACCCCUUCAUUAUCUGACCGUUAUGAACCACAGGAUGUGUUUGCUGCUGCUGCUGUUGGCCUGGGUUGGGGGGUUUGUGCAUGCUAUACAGCAAAUCCUUUCUGUUUAUGACCUUCCCUUCUGUGGUCCCAAUGUCAUCGACCACUUCAUCUGUGACAUGUACCCCUUACUGAACCUUGUCUGCACUGACACUUACUAUAUUGGGCUCAGUGUCCUGGCAAAUGAUGGAGUGAUGUGUAUAGUUAUUUUUAUGCUCUUGUUAAUCUCUUAUGUGGUUAUUCUGCACUCCCUGAAGAACCUGAGUCAGAAAGGGAAACACAAAGCCUUAUCCACCUGUGGCUCCCACAUCACAGUGGUGAUUCUCUUCUUUGUCCCUUGUAUAAUACUUUUUGUGAGACCUCCAUUUACCUUGCCCACUGAUAAAUACUUAGCUGUUUUUUAUGCUGUUAUCACUCCUAUGCUGAACCCUAUCAUCUAUACUCUGAGAAAUGUAGAGAUCAAAAAUUCUAUGAAGAAUCUCUGGACUAGAAAAUAA